AUGGCCGCGCUCGGUCACAUCAGACACAUCAGCAAGGCUGCUCCCAGUUCCUUUUGCGAUGCUGUCGAGGUAUUCCUGCUGCAUGGAGUUGAGAGCUUGUUCGCUAGUGACAGUCUGCCAGUCGCCCUCGGUACCAGUAAGAGGCCUGUUCUUGUCAAGAGCAGCAAUUUCACCAGUCAGUCGUCUAUCGGGGAUUGGAGCACGGCGUGUGUCUUUGUCUCCUUCCCGAUGAACCGGAACUUUGACCUCUUCAUCGACAUUCUAGGCCGAACGAAUAGCGCCAGCAUGGUAGAAGGAGGCAACAGGGGCACCUCGCUGCGAAGCAUUGGGAAUGUUUCCCUCUGGGGAUCGCGGGAUGGUCUCUUUUGA